ACUCAUUUCGCAUCUAUUUACAAACAAUCCCAGUGCUUAAGAUGCAUUGCAAACAAUGAAUAUGUUGCCAGACGAUGGGCGACCACAAAAAGAUCAAUGACACAUGCUGAAUAUUGCAUGGACACAGUCAGAAAGUAUGAUUAUGAAAGUUUCUUAUGCAGUCUUCUGUUGCCGUCAUCUGCAAGAACUUCAGCAUUUGCUGUAAGAGCUUUCAAUGUGGAUGUCGCACAAAUCCGAGAUAUGGUUUCUGACAAGAAUAUUGGUUACAUGCGAAUGCACUUCUGGAAAGACAGUUUAGAAGGAAUUUAUAAAGACGUGCCUCCACGUUCCCCUGUAGGGUUAGAGCUCCACAAAGCGGUCAAAAGGCAUGGAUUAUCCAAGCAUUGGCUGAAGAGAAUUAUUGAAGGAAGAACGGAAAAUCUAUCUGAUCAACAGUUUAGAAGUAUGAAGGACAUGGAAGACUAUGCAGAACAAACUGUGUCCUCACUGUAUUACUUAUUGUUAGAGAUUUUAGGUAUUAAGAAUGUCAAUGCAGAUCACGCCGCUAGUCACAUAGGGAAGGCGCAGGGUCUAGUCACACAGCUCCGGGCGGUUCCUUUCAAUGCCGGCAGACAACGGGUCUAUCUUCCUCUUGAGCUCAUGCUGUUGCAUGACGUGUCCCAAGAGGAGGUCAUUAGGGGUUCCACUGAACAGAAGAUGAAAGAUGUUGCGUAUGACAUUGCUGGCAAUGCACACCAACAUUUAGAUAAGGCUGUCGAUUUACAAAAAGAAGUACCAAAGGAUGCAAAAAUAGCUUUUCUUCCAACAGCAUCCAUUAGAAAUUACCUGAAGAUACUACAGCAAGUCGAUUUCAACGUAUUCGACUCUAAGUUACAGCAGCGCAAUCACUGGUUACCGAUAUCAUUAUGGAUGCAGAGAAUGAGAGGAAAAUACUGACAAAGAAAUAUGACUAGUAGAGACACUCAGUGACUUCUGUAGAACUAUUUUGUUAUUUAUACUGUAUAUAGUCAUUUGCAUAUUUUAAAAAAGAACUUGGCAAAAAUCAGUUGAGUUGUAAGUUUAUUUUCAGUUCGGUUUUUCCGUUUAUUUACAAGUUUGUUCACAUCCAUUGGCUCACUG